UGGUGAAGAAGUCACGGUUAUCAAUCGGUGGUCCAUCGCUAGCGAGUUACAGCAAAAAAUUUGCCAUGUAAAUUAAACACAAAAACAAAAGUGCAAUAUAAAACAAUGUAAAAUGUGUUAGAACUGACAAAACUAAGCUGCGAGCUCUGCAACCCCAAGCCAUCAAAACACACAUCGAACCGAGCCGAAAGUCAAGAUUUAGAGCCAGAGCCAGCAAGCCCACUGGCAAAAGACGUCGCCAUGGAAUCCGCGGACGCACUCGUCGAGGAGCAGAAGCUCAUGGCCGAGGCCAAGUACCGCACUUACAUGACCAACAUCGACAAGGCGCUGCGCAAUUUCGAGUACUCCAGCGAAUGGGCGGAUCUCAUAUCGGCCCUCGGCAAGCUCAGCAAGGCCAUAUCGAGCAAUGCGCAGUACCAGGUCAUACCCCGGCGGCUGAAGAUAGCCAAGCGUCUGGCCCAAUGCAUGCAUCCCGCCCUGCCCUCCGGGGUGCAUCUCAAGGCCCUGGAGACCUACUCGGUGAUAUUCAGCAAAACAGGGCCGGAGCGCCUGGCCACGGAGUUUAUAUACAGUGCUGGUUUAUUCCCGCUCCUUGGUUACGCGGCCAUGAAUGUGCGUCCCGCCCUGCUGGCCAUCUAUGAAACCUACUUCGUGCCCCUGGGUGACAAACUACGGCCCGCUCUGAGCGGAUUCCUCAAUGGCGUACUUCCCGGCUACGACUGUGGACUGGAUCACUUCGAGCGCAUUAGCACUCUGCUCAAACAAGUGUGCAAUGCCGUCAACCCCAUGCACUUCUACACGGUUCUUUGGGAGUCGGUGGCCAACAACGCGGCCAUUCGUCUGCCGGCCAUCACCUACCUGCUGGAGCACUUCAACAAGCGGCUGGACAUGCAGGAGCAGAUCUACAUAAUGGGGCACAACAGGGAGAUCAUGAUGUCGGCCUUGUGUGUCUGCCUGAACGACUCGCUCAUCUUGGUGCAGCGCAACACCCUGGAGUUCCUGCUGCUCGGCUUUCCCAUGCACACAGCACUACUCAGCGAGGAUGACUUGGUGAAACUGGUCACCAACGGGCUCAAUACUAUCCUGCGCAGAGACAUGUCGCUGAACAGGAGACUGUUUAGUUGGCUAUUGGGCAGCGAAGUGGCGAAAAACUCGCCAACCUACGACACCCUAUCGUUGGACACCUCAAACGCUCCUUUGGAGGAGGAGCCGGAACCAUAUUUCGUCAAGCACUCGCGGCACAUUCUAAUCAGAGCAUUAAUCACCACCCUGCGACUGAGCUUGGAGUGUGCGCCCAUGGACCUGAAGCCCUACAGGAUCAUGCUGUCUCUUCUGGACAAGGCGGAGAUUGGCAGUGCCGUACUGGAUUACGUGCUUCAUGACAUUAUAAGGGCCAUGUACAUCUCGAGUGGCAAUGCGGAGGCCUUAAAGUCUGCCAACCUGCUGUUUGCCACUUUCGACCCAGCGUACAUUUGGAGCUACAUGACCAACAUGUUUGAGAGAGCCUGCCUGCAGGCAAGCUCCACGCAGGAAAAUCCUCAAGCGGGUGAAAUAACCGGAAAAUACGCAUGUGAAGUGGGGUCUGGGGAUCCCUGUGUAAUGGAGAUCUGCGUGCUGACCGAGUUUCUGCUGGAAACAGUUUCUCUGGAGAUGUACACAGAGACCACCAGGGUCUAUCUCCCGAAGGUGUUCCUGGCCAUCACCCAGCUGCUCUCUCUACACAUGGAUCACGUGAGCAGCAGCGAGAUCACCGCUUCGCUCAAGCUCUGCAUGAAGAUCGUCUCGCGGGUACAGCCCAUGAUAACAAGUCCCAUAAAACUGAACAAGGUGAUAGAGCAGGGCGGUGGCUCAUCGUCGGACGAGAAGAUCACUGUGCAUUCGGCGAGUGAGACCCGAAAAGUAGAGGGCGCAGCGCAGGGGAGUUCCCUAGAGAAGAGCAAAUCCGACUCGCGGCUUAAUCAGCUUGCAGAGAACUCGCUGCACGGCACGGAUCCCAACGACGAGGAGCUUAUCCGGCGCUCAGCGUCCAAUCAGAGCGUUGGCCGUCAAAGUCCCAGCAAGAAGAAGGCGAAGUCAAUUUCCCGACUCUCAGAGUUGGAUAAGGAUAUCAGCGCCUCAGACACCGGACAGCAGUCGUCCUCGGAUCUCGACACGCCGCGGAGCAUUAAGAAGCUGAAGGCCAAAGCCAAGGUGCCCUUCAUACGUAGCCCCAAAAAACAGCGACCCAAGGAUAUAGUACUGAUUCAAUCAAAUGUUUCCACGGAAGUGGGCGAUGGACCUAGCGCAGAAGAGCCGAAAAGCGCUCCGCCGGAUCAGUCCCCGCAGUUCCAGUUGGAUGAGGAGAGCCGGGCCACACAACAGCGCGGGUUCUCUAUUCUGGAGAAGUGCAUCCGCCAGUACGAGAUCUUUUUCGAGGUAUAUUUGGCUAAAAAACUGCUGCGCAUAGAUUCGGAGCCUAAGGAGUGCGCAGUGAGGGUUCAUCUGCAGCGAACCACCAGCACCAGCCAUACCUCCAACCUCUUCAUGGCCGAGCAGGUGCUAGAGCACGAAUGUCCAGUAAGGGAGUCACAAAUCGAGCGGCUGUUUAACCUGCUCCGCGUGGACAUUGUGCCGCGCUCCAAGCAGCUGCAGCGCUUGCUCAACCGAUCCUUGCCGCUGCCCGCCAGUGCCAGUGACCUGAGCAGCGACAGCGAAGCGCCGGAGGACAAGCAGCAGAGCCUGCUUAUCGACGGACAAACCCAGCGCAGUGUCCAGCAGCUGGCCGAGCUCCAGUUGAGCCUCUCGCUGCGUGGUGCCGUCAAACUGGCGGCCGUUCUGCUCGUGGAGAUGUCAACCUUUCCCAACUGCAACAAACACUUUGUGCUGGACAAAAACGAGCCUGAGUUGCCCAACUGGUUAAAAGUCCUCUGUUUGGUGGCCUGUUUUGCCCAGAGCGACAAGGAGCUGCAGGUGUCCUCGAUAACCACGCUCUUCGAUUUGAUAAGUCAUUCAACUUUAUUAACUCUUUCAGCCUUACUGCGCUCCCAAAUCGAGCAUAACACUAGUCCGGGAGUAACCUUCGUGGUUAUGCUGCCGCUUCUAAGGUUUGGACAUGUCAGCUACAUGGAACAGUACACGCGGGUCUUUCAGUUGGUGAGCUCCAUUCUAUGGGAUUACCUAGGAGCUGCGGGCAUAGAUCCUGCCCAGAUUGCAGCGCUGCUUCAUCAGCUGCACAGCUGCUUGGAAAGCGGUCUGGUGGAAACGGUUAUCGGGAAUCGAAUGCAGGCGCAGCACCUGCUCCAAAUACAGCCGCCAUCCCGUACAGACUUGGGCAGAACUGCCCUUCGCAGCUUCCAAAUGGAGCGUUUGGCGGAUGCUCAGCUCCUGUGUCCCACCGAAUCCACGGAGAGAUUGCGAGAGAGCCAGGCCCGAAGCUUUAAGAAGUUCGAACUGUUGUGGCAUCUGGGCAGAGACAAGCAGACUACACGCGGAUUCGAGAAGACGCUGCUCAAGGUCCUGGACACCCUCGCCUUACCACACUACAUGUCCGAGCGCACUUUCGUGACCAACUGGCUGCAGGCGUCGCUCCUCCGUGGCGAUCUCGCCCGCCUCACCAAGCCCCUCUACAAGAUCCUACUCUCGGCCAGCUCCAAGCGCGUGGGCAUCGUCCACAUGCAGCAGUUGUACCGCGAAGCGGACGCCGAGGCCACGCCCGCCUUCGAGCGCGAUGUGUACGCCAUCAGUUCGGAGCAGGGAAAUGUCAAAUACCACCACAUGGAGACCUCCAGCGGCGGCAAGAAGAAGAGUCCCAUCAGAAACUUCCCCAAGAAGAUCUUUGGCGUCACCUUGAGCGGUGGAAAGGCCAACAAGGUGUCCAAUUUCGUAAGCGACAAAUCAACUGUUUCCACUUGCAACGAAGCGGCGCAGGAUGUGAACACCAUCGGCCUGAUCAUCAAUCCACUGGAAAACGCCAACGACUUUGACGACGAAACGGAUCUGGAAGAGCCCCGCAUUGAGAUCCCGCACAAGGAGACGCCGCUGGAGCAGAAACUGGCCUGCGCGAUGGACGAGAGUGAGCAAGCUUCGCAGGAGCAUCCGCUCCAGCAUCCGGCUACUGAGAGUCUCCAAUAUGAUCAGGACAUUACCGACCAUUCGGACAGCAGUGACUUUGAGUCGGAUUCGGAGCUUCGCGAAACCAGCCUGGAGAAGGAGGACAGCAUCACGGUCAGUUCCAGUGCUGGUGUUAGUGACGAUGUAAAGCGCUUUGUGGGCGACUGUGAAAGUGUCACCGAGGCGUUGACCCAGCACGAAAAGAUCAAGAGCCGCAAGACCUAUCGGUUGACCAGAGAGAAAACACCGGGGGAGACCAGUCUCAACUCCCUGGAGCAAAAGGACCACGAUCAUCAGAGCAUACCGGACCUCCAGGCAGAUGCGCUUCCAGCGGAUGAGUACUUCAGAGAGGACAAGAAGCUGGGCAAACGGAAGAAACUGUUGACUGCUGGGGACAAAAAACGGCUCAGCUGCAUUUCAAAGACCUCCACAGACAGCAAUCUCAGCGGCUCGCACGCGGAGCAGCCAGACCAAGAGGAGGAGGUAACCGAGCCGGGAACUGAGUCCACCAUCAAUGUAGAGGACAAGCGACGCAACCUUAGUCUGGAAACCAGCAAACUUCAGCCGGACAUGCAGAAAACCCUGGAGAAGGGCAAGCAGAAUGUGGAGAUCCUGCGGCAGAAUAACGCAGCUGCAGCCGCAGCGGCGGCAGCAGAAGAGCAGAUCAGCCUGCGCAGCUCGGUGAAGAGCAGCGUUUCUCUGCCGGACGCGGCUCACCUGUACCACAACCACCUGCUGAUCUACCUGGCUAUAUACGACACCCGUCAAACCUUGUAUGCCCUUCAGACGCUUCGCAACAUUAUCUGCUGCGAUCGCCGCACCUUCCUGUGUCUGUCGAUAACCACAUCCUUUUCGAGCGCCAGUCUAAAGCAGUUGCUCGUCCGCCAUCGCAAGAGCAUUUCGGGCAAGGGAUUCGACGGCGGGGUGGGCAGCUCCGAGUAUGCUCAAGGAUAUCGGGGCUGCAUGCAACUGGAGCUGCUGGUCACGCUCUGUUUGUUCUACGCCCGUGGCUACUUCCAGAAGGAAUCGCUGGACGCCCAGCGACAGCCGCCUAUGCUGCAGGACAUUGUGAACAACCGGCGUAUCCAGCUGGAGAGCAUCGAGCUGCUGACCCUGAUCUGCUCCGAGCUGAUAGAGAUCGUCAAGGGCAUGGGUCGGGGGCUGGCCAACUACAUUGCCGAUUUGUUGGCCCGCGCCAAGCUGCAGAAGGUAAUGCUGCACUGCCUGAACAGCUCCGUGUGCAGCUAUGGCCGCAAGGCUUGUUCCAACAGCGGCAGCUAUGCGGAGCAAGUGCUGAGCUUCAAUGAUCCCCAGGACGAUCAGUUGCAUGCGGACUGCUUCCAGCUCCAGCUGCUGCGUUUGCUGUUGGCUGUCAUCCGGCUGGAGCACGAGGUUCACCAGUUGCGGCAGGAUACGCCGUCCGCUGCUGGCGAGGAUUCGGCGGGAAACGCGUCCCCCACCCGCUUGGCGGAGGGAGCGGCGGCCAAUGUGAAGUACCUGCCCAACUGUCUGAUUAGCCAGCAGCCCAUGUUCUUGGCCGCCGUGCUGGGCGCACUGCAGCAGGAACGCUUGCGCCACUUGCACCGCAACUGGACGGACUUGGUGACCUCCUCGCUCAACUGCUUCUCCUUUGGCUCACUCACGAACAUUGUGAUCAGCGUGGUGCACCAGCUCUGCAGCAAUCUGGACCGCCUGGCCAAGAUGGGUCUGCCCCAGCAGCGACACUUCCCGCCCGACUAUGUGGUAUCUCAGCUCGAGGCGUUAACCAUCUUGUGCCACUACUGUUUGCUGGACAACACGCAGCAGACGGCGCUCUCGCACCUGUUUAACCAGGCCUACCCGCAGACCAGUUCCUCGGCGCAGAGUUCCAGCACGGGCCAGUUGCUCAACAGCAUUGUGCAUUCCUUCCGAUCGGCCAGCGAGUCCUCAGCCUCGGCGCCGGCCCCAAGGAACCCCCAAUUGCAGGCUGCCCGGAACGCAGUCCUCUCGCAUCUGCCGCGGAUCAUGAGCAGCGUGGCCGCCAUCUGGGACAGCGAGCUGGGCCAGUUGCGCCCGGUUCGCCAGCAGCUGCUUGAGUUCCUUUCGCCGGUGUCCCUGCACCACGGCUGCAACUUCCUUGCCGCCGUGGCUGUCACCUGGCAGCAGCGGGGGAUGGCCUCGAACAUGAGCGGAUUGAGCAUCGCCGAGCAGUUCCAGAGGAACUCCACGCUGCAGGCGUGUCCUGCCCAGCUUUCGUUGGUUUCCCUGGUCUCCAGCAUCCGGGUGAUGCCGAUGGACUCGUUUGUGAUGACGCUGCACCACGUGGUGCGCUCGCCUCCGCCGAUCCACCGACCACCUGCCCAGCUCAGCAUCGAGGUCAGCUCUCUGGAGCUCUUCUAUUUCUACAUGAGAUCCGCUCCUGCUCCCCAGCUGGCGGAUGCCUGGAGCUCACUGCUGGCCCUCAUCCGGGACGGUUUGAAUCUGACACCGCCGGCGCAGUUCGCUUUGCUGAUGCUGCUGAACGAGUUUGUGCAGCGCUGCCCGCAGAUGCCUUUCCAGGACAAGAAGGAGGUGCGGGAGCUGCACGACGUGACCUCCCGGUUGGUGGACUCCCUUUCCAGCGUGGCUGGAUCCUGCCUAGAGCAGACCACCUGGCUGCGUCGCAACCUGGCCGUCAAGGAAGAUACCGAUGGCCUGGCCAAGGAUAACAGCGUGGGUGGCGGCGGAGUGCAGCAAUAUUCGCUGCAGGCACAGAGCGUGCUGGCCGCCAUUCUGUCCAAUCUGCUGGACGUGGCCUACGGUUCGCAGGAGAAGGACAAGGUGGUCAACAUAGUGACGCCGCUGCUAUACAACAUCACCCCGUAUUUGAAGAACCACACUGCCCGGAACGUACCCUUUUUCUAUGCCUGCUCCGCUCUGCUGGCCAGCCUGAGUGGCUACCAGUACACGCGAAAGGCCUGGCGGAAGGACAUGCUGGACCUGCUGCUGGACAACGCCUUCUUCCAGAUGCACCUCUCAUGCCUGCCCUUUUGGCGCAUGAUCAUGGACAGCCUGAUGACCUACGACAACACCACCUUCCGGGAACUGAUGACCCGCGUCUCGCUCUCGCAGGCUGGCAGCCUGAACAUCUUCACGUCGCGGGAUCAGGAGUACGAGCAGCGGGCCAUGCUGCUCAAGCGGCUCGCCUUCGUUAUAUACUGCAGCGAGUUCGACCAGCACAACAAGUACAUGCCAGACAUCCAGGAGCAACUGGCCAACAGUCUGCGACUUGUCCCCAUGGGUCCUUCCGUGCAGGCCGCAGUGUUUCUGUGCUUCCGUGUGCUGCUGCUACGCAUGUCACCCGACCACGUCACCUCGUUGUGGCCCAUAAUCAUUGCGGAAAUGGUGCAAGUGUUUUUGCAAAUGGAGCAGGAGCUGAAAUCGGAGAGCGAGGAGAGAAACCAACAGCUGCGCAUGCCUUCAGGGAUCGAUGUGUCUUGGUCCUCUGCUUCUGGAGCUAGCAAUGGCUACAGCUCGCAGACUACGAUGCAGCAUUGGCGAUCGGUGCAGUUAGAGGCCUGCAAACUGCUGGAGCUGGGAUGCGUGCUGCCGGCCACCAAGCUGCCACAUUUCCAGAUGUAUCGAUGGGCCUUCGUGGGCACCGAGUUCGAUGUGCACGUGGAGGAGGUGGGCCUGCCCAACGGAAGCCUGGAUAACCUGGCCACAUUGCCCAACGCGUUGUAUGUGCCGCAUGUAAGGCGCGUGGCAAGGUUGAUGGACAUGAAGUACACCAGUCAGUCGCCGAUACAGCAACGUCCCAGCAAUAGACACCUGAUGCUAAACUUCCAGCAACUGCAAUCGCUGCAGGAUCUGUACGCCUUCUUCACCACGCUGGGCAUUAGUUGCCCCCAGCCGCGUAACUUCGCAGACACGGAGAACGAUGUGGCCAACUGCCUGCAGGAGAUCGAGGAGGUGCUGGCCAACGAUUUCCUGGAGAAGCUGCCCAGCAUAACCACGCCAAGAUGAAAACCGGCCGUUGCCCACCGGCAGACACAGUCGCAGAUCCAAGCGAGUGGGUCGCAAUUCGAGCUCAAGCUGAAUCUGAGUCUGGGCAUGGAGUCUGCCAUGGAGUCGGGCAGUGCUGGCCAGGCGGCCCGCAUCCUGGCCGCCGUGCAGGCCAAGCUAACCAGCCAAAAUGCCGAGACGAGCUUCACGCAGACCCACAGCACCCACAGCACCAAUAACAGCAGCAACAGCAAUAAGAAGACCAACUUUCCAUUUUAUGUUUAAGUAAGGAGAUGGAGCAGAAGACGAUGCCGAGUAUGAUAGCUAGCUAUAUAGAUAGACAACUGGGUCGAGUAUAUAAAUGUCCGUAGUGUGAUCGAUCGUUUUAAAUGUUGAGUGUUUAAGAACGCGGUAGCCCAAUAGCCAAUAGCACCCUGUAUGUAUAUGUAUGUAACCAAUGUAUUUAACUGUUGAUAGUUGCUCCCCGAGUCGAUGUGAAUAAAAGAAGUGUUUAACGAUAAA